AACACAGUGGAGUCCCAUCCCCCACUGUCCCUUGCCUUGCCACUCCACUACUCCAGCCAGUCCACUCUCCCCCUUCUCCUCUCCCCUUCGCCGCAGCCAAGAAGAAUCCCAUCCUUGGCUGCUAGGGUUAGGGUUACGCGCGCACUUGCCCUCUCACUCCCGGCUCCCUCAACCCCACCGCAUUGCCUUCCUCUGCCGGCAGCCCAGCUCGGCGCAACCAUAUUCAUUCCCCUGAGGUUACCGACCCGCCGUGCCGGUGCCGGCGAGAGCUAGAGCCGGCGUCCUUUCUUUCUUCUCAUUGCGCGGUUCCAGGGUCCUUGGGAUUUUGGUGGGAAUGCUGGCUGCUGUGCAGUCGUAGAUCAAGCUGAAAGGGACAAGUAGUGCUCCUGUGGCUAUUAGUGCAGGUGUGGUAGAUAGGUACACUCCAAGCUCGGUCCAUCUUGCUCCGGGAUAUGCUGCCUCAGGUGAUGUGUUCUUGAGGCCUGCUAGCUAUAAAUCUACCCUUCAACUGGAGGAGAGCGGGUAAUGGGGAUUGUAGGGGGAUUCUUCUUGGUGUUGCUUCUGCUGGUGGUGACCCCUGCAGCGUCCGGUCAGCUGCCGUCACAGGACAUCCUUGCACUCCUCGCCUUCAAGAAGGGGAUCACGCAUGACCCCGCCGGCUUCAUCACUGAUUCAUGGAACGAUGAGUCCAUCGAUUUCAAUGGAUGCCCGGCCUCCUGGAAUGGCGUCGUGUGCAAUGGCGCCAGCGUGGCGGGGGUGGUGCUCGACGGCCACCGGAUCUCGGGUGUCGCUGAUCUCUCUGUGUUUGUCAACCUGACCAUGCUUGUGAAGCUUUCCAUGGCCAAUAACAAUCUCUCCGGGAGCCUCCCGAGCAAACUGGGUGGUCUCAAGAGCUUGAAGUUCCUGGAUAUAUCGAACAAUCGGUUCUCGGGUUCGAUCCCUGAUGAUAUUGGCAGUCUCCGAAGCCUGCAGAACAUGUCGCUUGCCAGGAACAACUUCUCAGGUCCUCUGCCUGAAUCCAUUGAUGGGCUUACAUCGCUUCUGUCCUUGGAUGUGAGCGGCAACUCUUUGUCUGGCCCACUGCCUGCGGCUUUGAAAGGCCUCCGGAGCAUGGUUGCUCUGAACCUCUCUUGCAAUGCCUUCACAAAGGGCAUUCCUGCUGGGCUUGGCCUCCUUGUGAACCUCCAGUCUGUGGAUCUGAGCUGGAAUCAAUUGGAUGGUGGUGUUGACUGGAAGUUCUUGAUCGAGUCAAGUGUUGCUCAUGUUGACUUCAGCAGGAACUUGCUCACCAGUACCACCCCCAAGGAACUCAAGUUUCUUGCAGAUAUUUCGGAGACGGUUCUAUAUCUGAACCUUAGCAGCAACAAGUUGACUGGGUCAUUGAUUGAUGGAGUUGAGCUCUCAACUUUUGGGAGGUUGAAGGUGCUUGAUCUGAGCAAUAAUCAGCUGUCUGGAGACCUUCCAGGGUUCAAUUAUGUUUAUGAUCUUGAGGUUCUGCGUCUUGCAAACAAUGCAUUCACUGGGUUUGUACCUAGUGGACUUCUGAAGGGAGAUUCUCUGGUGUUGAGCGAGCUGGACCUAAGUGCAAACAAUCUGACAGGACAUAUCAAUAUGAUCACAUCAACUACCUUGCAGAUUCUUAAUCUGUCCUCAAAUGCUCUUUUUGGGGAUCUCCCUUUGCUUGCUGGAAGCUGCACCGUGUUAGAUCUUUCAAACAACCAAUUUAGAGGAAAUUUGUCAGUUCUUACCAAAUGGAGCAAUGAUUUGGAAUAUGUUGACCUUAGCCAGAACAAUAUAACUGGGACUAUUCCUGACGUGAGCUCUCAAUUCCUUCGCCUGAACUACCUGAAUCUUUCUCACAAUUCUCUAGCUAACACCAUUCCUGAAGCUGUUGUUAAGUACCCCAAACUUACUGUCCUUGACCUGAGCUCCAAUCAGUUCAGUGGUCUUAUUCCUGCCAAUUUACUUACUUCAUCCAUGCUGCAUGAGCUCUACAUCCAAGAUAACAUGCUUACCGGUGGCAUAUCGUUCCCGGGAUCGUCGUCCAAAAAUUUGAGUCUUGAAGUGCUCGACAUUUCUGGCAACCAUUUUAGUGGCAGCCUCCCUGAUGAUCUGGCCUCCUUAUCUGGCCUCCAAGUUCUUGACAUAUCUUCAAACAAUUUCUCCGGCCCUUUGCCAGCUGCUGUCUCUAAGAUUGCAGCACUUACUGCUCUUGACAUAUCAAUGAACCAGUUCACUGGGCCUUUGCCAGAGGCACUUCCAGAUACUCUCCAGUCCCUCAAUGCCUCCUAUAAUGACCUAUCUGGUGUUGUGCCUGUUAACUUGAGGAAGUUUCCAGAAUCCUCUUUCCAUCCUGGGAACUCGAGAUUAGAGUAUCCUGCUAGCUCAUCUGGAUCCAGUGGUUCCGCAUCUGGUUCAGCAGGUGGCAAACCACUCAGUACAGGUGCUAAAAUAGCACUUGUAGCAGCUAGUAUCGUUGUUCUUGUCAUCAUUAUCCUUGUUGCGAUAGUAUGCCACUACAAACGGAUCUCCCGGCAGUUCCCUAGCUCAGAAAAAGUCUCGGACAAGAACCUCCAUAGAGCUACUAAAGACAUUGAGAGUAUGAAAAGGAAGGACAACAAAGGUGGUUCGGAGGUCUCGGCAGAUGAUCUUGCUCCUCGAAAGGGCUCCACAUCUGAAGCACCAAGCCAAGAAGAAAAGUUAUCAGCUGUGGGGGGAUUUUCACCAUCCAAGGGUAGCCGUUUCUCUUGGUCACCGGAUUCUGGAGAGGCGUAUGCUCAGGAAGGCUUGGCACGGUUGGAUGUCAGAUCACCUGACAGGCUAGCAGGGGAGUUGCACUUCCUGGAUGAAACAAUUACACUGACGCCAGAAGAACUGUCAAGGGCACCUGCUGAAGUGCUUGGGAGGAGCAGCCAUGGAACUUCAUACAGGGCAACGCUGGAGAAUGGUGUAUUCUUGACAGUGAAGUGGCUAAGGGAAGGUGUUGCAAGGCCCAAGAAAGAGUUUACGAAGGAGGCCAAGAAAUUUUCAAACAUCAGGCAUCCUAAUGUGGUUGGCUUGCGUGGAUACUACUGGGGUCCAACACCACAUGAGAAAUUGAUCUUGUCAGAUUAUGUUGCGCCAGGAAGUCUUGCUAGCUUUUUGUAUGAUCGUCCGGGAAGGAGAGGUCCUCCACUGACCUGGGCGCAGAGACUCAAGAUUGCAGUCGAUGUUGCACGUGGUCUCAACUACCUCCAUUUUGACCGUGCAAUGCCUCAUGGAAACCUCAAGGCUUCCAACAUCUUAUUGGAUGGCCUUGACCUCAACGCCCGUGUCGCUGACUACUGCCUGCACCGCCUGAUGACCCAGGCUGGUGUCGUCGAACAGAUCCUUGACCUGGGUGUUCUGGGCUACCGUGCCCCGGAGCUUGCAGCGUCCAAGAAGCCAUCCCCCUCGUUCAAGUCCGAUGUGUACGCCUUUGGUGUUGCAUUGCUGGAGCUUCUGACUGGCAGGUGUGCUGGUGACAUUGUCUCGGGGGCCGAGGGCGGCGUUGACCUAACCGACUGGGUCCGGCUGCGGGUGGCGGAAGGCCAUGGUUCGGAGUGCUUCGACCCAGCCAUGGCUUCAGACUCGGAGAACCCACAGGCCGUGAAGGGCAUGAAGGAGGUGCUCGGCAUUGCAUUGAGAUGCAUCAGGCCGGUCUCAGAAAGGCCUGGGAUCAAGUCUGUGUAUGAGGAUCUUUCAUCAAUCUAGCUAGUCUUCAUUCAUGAUGUAGCUUUAGAAUUGGAUACUCUCAUUCCUACUCUCACGUGUUGUUAGCUUGUGCCUGAAACUCUUUAGUGUUUCUGUAGGAAAAAAAUGCAUGCAAGUGUAUGGCAUCAACUUGAUGCCUGCAAGCUAAGAUGACAUGUCUCAUUGGUUGCUAAGUGCUGUGCUGUUGCAUUGUGUACUAUGGAAUCUGCUUUGCAAGGAGAUUAGCUGAAUUUAGAGUACAGUAUC